GUCCCUUUGUUUUGAUUUCUUUUGUACCGUUUGAUUGAAGACAUCGCGGAUUGCCGCACCGCAGUGUUGACAAAAAUAUUGCGUAAAAGCGAGCAGAACAGGCGGAAGUGGUUUAGGAUGUGUGCUUUUGUUGAGAUAAGGCGACAUUCAGCUAAUAACAGAUUACACUCACCAACACACUGGAAAAAGUGGCCUAUCUACUGAUAUUUCAUGUUUGCUUUGUGAUGUUCUCCUGGACCUACUGGAAGUCCAUAUUUACCCCUCCUGCAUCACCAUGCAAAAAGUUUCAGCUGUCAUACUCGGACAAGCAGAGGUACGAGAUGGAAGAGAGGCCGGAUGCUCAGAAGCAAAUCCUGGUUGAGAUUGCAAAGAAACUUCCCAUCUUUAGCCGAGCUCAAUCUGGAGCUAUCAGGUUCUGCGACCGCUGCCAGGUAUUGAAGCCCGACCGCUGUCACCACUGCUCGGUUUGUGAAACGUGUGUCUUGAAGAUGGACCACCACUGUCCCUGGGUGAACAACUGUGUGGGCUUUUCCAACUACAAGUUUUUCCUGCUUUUCCUCUCCUACUCCAUGCUCUACUGUGUAUUCAUUGCAGCGACAGUCUUUCAGUAUUUCCUCAAAUUCUGGGUGGGAGACUUGCCAAAUGGGCCCGCAAAGUUCCAUGUUCUCUUCCUCAUGUUUGUGGCGCUCAUGUUUUUCGUCAGUCUCAUGUUUCUCUUUGGCUACCACUGUUGGUUGGUGGCCAAGAACAGAUCCACUUUAGAGGCCUUCUCAGCUCCAGUUUUUGUCAAUGGACCCGACAGAAGUGGCUUCAACGUCGGCACACGCAGAAACCUGCAGCAGGUAUUUGGAGAGGAUCGGAGACUUUGGUUCGUGCCGGUUUUCACAAGCCAAGGGAAUGGCCACUACUUCCCCUUAAAGAAUCGGACUUCUGAGUCCCACAACCCUUUGUUAGCUAAUGAGGACAUGUGGGAGGAGUCGGAUGAUGGUUCUGAGGAAGGAAGCUUGGCUGAGGACCAAGACCCCUCUGUUACCAUAGAGAUGGAAGAAUAGUAAUUUUGUUCAAAGGGCAAGCCACACUCGGACGGAGGACAUAGAUUAACGCCACACGCGUAGUGAAGCACGAGGCAAACCAUGUGGAUUUACAGACGCUGGAAAAAAACAUUCCGAAGCGGGUCAGGCUUGUGGAUUAAAACUGGUGAUUGGAUUGUCUUGGCCACUUCUACAUACAUUUUACACAGUGAUGAAUAGAGUAACAGCCAGUAGCAUCACCUCUCCUCUCAUGGACAACAGUAUCAGUGUGACCCGGACAAAAGAAAUGUCAAAUACGACCUUGCAUACAAAAACAGUCCCAACUAUGUAUGUAUGUAUGUAUGUAUACAUAUAUUUAUCCAUCCCUCUGGUUGUUCACCUGAAGGCAUUGGCCUCCUUGUGAUUAUAUAUUGCUGUUAAUUGGUUAGCUUCCGUUUGGCACUGAACAACUUCAUAUGCCUCUUUUUCAUUGUUGAGCACUGAGUUUACCGUGUUGCACCUUUAACCCCGACUUUCUGGGAAGAGCAGAAUGUAACGUGUCUCCAUGAUGCUCCAGAGGUCUCUUGUAGGGAUUCAGUUUUGGGAUUUUAAGUUUGGGUCUCACAGCAUAUUAUCAUAGAACAGAACUUUUUUUCAACGACGAAAAGCAUUUUGUCGUACGUGACGUUAACCUCCGCCUUAUUAAUGUGUUUAUUUCUGUCUUUUGGGAGUCCAUUUCUCCUGAGAAUGUAAGAAGCAGCCUGCUUGGGAAUAGAUGGUCCCAACAUUCUGGGCACUUCUUUAGGAAAGAACCUCUUGUAUUAUGCUUUAGUAAAGUAUUAUAGCAUUAAUAUCAAGUUUAACUGCUAUUACCUAUAUCUGAUCAGACUGGUGAAAGUAAUAAAAACAGAACCAGCAUAUACUUGUAGCUCUGCUUUGCAGGUACAGCUCACUAUGUUUUAAAAUGAAUCCUGAAAUAUAUUAUUAAAGCAAACUCAAAGGUAAACUAUGCAGGGAUAAAAACGGGCAAAGACUCAAUAAUCAAUUAUAAUUAGUGUGUAAUCUAAUCAUAUUAGAAGUGUGUCAGCUUUCCACCUGUAAAUUCUUUGUCUUAUGUUGCUGUGAUUGUUUCUAAGCUUUUGAGCAGCAGGCGUUCAUCAUUUAAUCAGAAUAGUGAGCAGCUUAAAUGUCUCCAUCUCUCUCCGUCUGUGACACAAAUGUGCAAAGAGCUGCAGAUCUGUGCUUCUGUUUGACCGAGAGCGGGGGUGACACACACAAACACACACACAUGCACGCAGAGAACUUCCCGUGGAGGUGUGGGCGUGUUUGUUUGUGCUUUGGAAAGUAAACGCAAUGAAGCAUUUAGGAAAUAACAAUUUUUGACGGCGGGGCCAACUUGAAAUGGCGUGUUUACAAACCACAAGAGAUUUGCUGCAUAGUAUAACGUUAACACUUUGAGUCCUAUCCUGAAUAUGCUGUAGUUCUAGAAAUAAUUGCUUACAUUUUUAACGGUCUGGGAUUAUAUGAGAUAGACGGUAAUAUUUUUUAAAAACAUUAUCACCAUCUUGAGACUUCUAAAGGUACAAAGUCAUUCAUGUGAGAGGAUGUAAUGCAAGUUAUUCCGUUUAGAAUUUUGAUCUUUUUAACCAGCAGCUAAAUAGAUCAAUUAUAUAUAUAUAUAUAUAUAUAUAUUAUACAUAUUUAAUAACUGAUACUCAUCCACUGGUUGGUAGAGGUCAGCGUUCUUCUACAAUAUUUUCUUUUUUUUUUCUACCUGUUUAUGUAUUGUGAAUAUUGAAUACCAAUGAAAGAGAUUCUUCUCAUUGAGUGUUUGGUUUGAAGACUCGUGUAUUUAUCUAGUGUACCACGUAUUUAAAUGAGUACAUGUGUUAAUUUAGUACCAGUAAACAGUUAAGCCUUUUAUCAAACCUUAAUGCAGGUUAAUCUUGACACAUUUACUUUGUUUUUUUCGAAAAUGUUGGCAAAGCCAAAUCAAAUGCAGAUCAGGUCUCAGUAAUGCAUAACACACAUAACCAUAUCACUUCAUUCACAGGGUCAUUAUUUUUCUGAGGUAGGAUUUGUGGUUUGAAAGCAUGUAUAAAACAUUAGAAAAGAUGUGAAUGUUGAGUGUUUCAUGUGGUCUUCGGUCUUAUUUAUUGUUGAAAUCCUCAGCUUUCUUUCUGUGUAUCAAGUCGGCUGAUUCAGAACUGCUGCAGGUGGUGUCUGUAUUUUUUGCUCCAUCAAGUGAAACUUAAAAGAAACUGUUGAAGCAAUGUGUUUUCAUCAGAUAAUCGGAUAUUUAUAACAUAGGAAAAUGACUAAUUAUAGUCAGUUUGCAGACUGGAGUUCUUUCCCUUUCGGCUGGUCUUUGCAGUACGUGAUUGUGGCGCUUCCCUUUUUCCAAACUCUCAGAAACCAUCUAAAGUACUGAUACUGUUUAAUUCUGUCGUUUAACAAAUAUAAAUUCUUUAUUUUCCACCAUGCAAAUAAAAUCAUACAAGUUGAACUCUU